AUGUUGAGACGAUCGGUGUUUGUUAGUCCAUUCCCGUCGCCCUUAUCUCGCCAACGCCUCAUUAUAUCCGAUACAAGUGUAACAAUGCCUCCACCAUUAUUACACUACGUCAAUUCAGCAGCCGCUGCUAUCCUCCCUCAUCAUUGCGAACCGUCCUCAUCCUUCUUCGCCGUCGUUUCCUCCUACCUCCAUACGUGCAUCCCGACACCUCUCGCCCUUGUCUCCUCCGUCCUCGGAACAUGCAGCAUUAUCUCAUGGCUCUUCGCCCAACUCCCUCAAAUAUACAAGAACUACCAGAUCAAAUCGACAUCGGGGUUAUCAAUAUACUUCCUGAUCGAAUGGUGUCUGGGUGAUGCGAGCAAUCUCGUGGGCGCACUUCUCACACGGCAGGCGGGUUGGCAGGUUGUGGUUGCGGGUUACUAUGUCUUAGUCGACCUUACCCUUGUUUUCCAGUUCUUUUGGUAUACGUACCAUCAGAAUCGACAGGUUCCAUACGAGAGUAUAACCUAUCCGCGCCACGGUGACGGUGCGGGAGGCGUUUUGGAUGGAGUUUCGGUGAAUGAGGAUAAUUCGGUCCGUCGUUCGACGGCCCGAGAAACUGCUACAAAGAGCUUAGAUACCAAGAGUGCUAAUUACACUGUUGAGGGGGUAUCUCCCUCUUGCUCGUCCAACGGCCACCAAAAUUCAUCCUAUUCCAACGAGAAACGCCGCCCCGUCGUCAAAGCAGGAAACGGGUCUCCUCCUGGCUUCGCAUCUCCUCGCACCCUCCUCAUGGCCUCUAUGUUUUGCGCAGUCGCCGCAAACGCCUCCCCCACCGAAAUCACUCCCGAAACACCAGUCGCCCAAAAAGACUCCCUGGAAAUCAUCGGCCAGGUUAUCUCCUGGAUGUCCACAUUCCUCUACCUCGGCUCCCGCCCUCCGCAACUCUACAAGAACUACUGCCGCAAGAGCACCGCCGGACUCUCCCCUCUCCUCUUCAUGGCGGCCUUUGGCGGUAACCUCUUCUACUCCGCCUCCCUUCUCACAAACCCCUACGCCUGGAACAACUUCCCUCCCUACGGAGGCGGUGGCUGGGCCGAUGCGGAUGGAAGCAACCGCCUCGACUGGAUCAGCCGCUCAACACCGUUCUUCCUCGGUGCUUUUGGCGUACUCUUUUUCGACGGUUUCAUGGGAGUCCAGUUCCUUAUGUACGGAUCCAAGGAUGAUGAAUCAGUAGUGGAAGUUGACGGUGAAGAAAACGACGACCCCAAGGACAGCCGUGGUGCUCGCUGGACUCGAGUCCGGGGCUGGAUGAGAGGCUGGAUCCCCUCUAUUUCUCCGGUCCGUCGGCAGCAACAGCAUGCUCAGGAAAGUCGGGCUUUGUUGGGUGGGGAGUCGGAGAGGUAUGGUGCUGUCUAG